AUGGCAAACGGGAACAACUGGACAUCGCCGAAUCAUUUGGGCGUGAUAGGAUUCACGGUUCAGUUCGUCACCGAGGAUCAUGCCAUCAUGGAGUUUGUGCGAGAGUAUGGAAUAUCCUCCAAGAUUGGUUACUUCAUGAUGGAUAACGCAUCCAAUAUGAACACAAUGAUCGACAAAGUCAGCGACGACCUGGAACGUGAGUUCGACGUUUUCUACGACCCCCUCCAGCAUCGACUUCGCUGUUUCGGCCACAUCAUCAAUCUGGCGGUGAUGGAAUUCCUCAUAGGUCUCAGUGAUGGUCUGCGGCUUCGGCGGGAUAACGACACCCGUUGGAACUCGUGGUACAACAUGGUCGAAUGGGUUCUCAGACCAAAAAUUCGUCAAGCCAUUACUGUGUUCUGCUCCGAGGAGCCUGCGCUGCAAGAAGAUGCCUUGCACCCGUGCGAUUGGAUUGUUUUGGCUGAGAUCCAUAAAUUCCUCGAGCCCUUUCACGACGCUACUAUUGCCAACGAAAGCUGGAAAAAGUCCAUUUCCGAUGUCCUACCUACCAUGGACUACCUUUGCACCAUAUCGAAGCAGCCAGAAAUACGAGCGAUAUACCUCACCUAG